AGAGGAGCUGAGAAAUCCCUGCCUGCCCUGCUGCUCCCCCAGAGGGGUCUCAGGGGCUGCAGGCACGCCCGGAGCAGCUCCUCUAUUGAUAAAAACGCUGGAAAUAACAUUCCCACAGUGCAGCUCUGCCGGGGAGGGUGAUGAGGCCUCGUGAUGGCCACGGAGAGCAGGGCAGAGGGACACUGUGAUCCCACAGCCCUGCUGAGGGCCCUGGCACUGAAACUGGGAUUCAUGGCAUGAUCCUGCUGAGCUGCUCAGGCCUCUUGGCAAGUUUUGGCCCAGGUUUGGUGUCUGCGGGGUGGUGACAGUGCAGAGCUGAGUGCAGGGACAACAGGGAGAAAGCAGAACCAUCCCAAUCCCCAGGAUUUGGGGUCAGGAAUGGAGAAUGUGACAGGACACUGAAACCCCCCAUCCUUUCUGGACUGUCCUGCGUGCACACUGAAAUAGAGAUGUUUGGAGUUCACUUGAGUUAGCAAUGUGAAUUAAGCAUUUAAAGUCUCCUCCCUGAGCUGUGGCACUCCUGUUUCAUCACAAGGAUGCGGUUUUUCCCUGGAAUCCCUGGCACAGCUCCAGUUCCAGCUCAGAGGACACGGGGCUGCAGUGCCUCACCCCAGGGUGAGGGUGGGAGCUGUCCAAGGGCUCCUGGGCAGGGCUGGGCUCAGCUCCUGCAUUAAUUCCUGUUUUGGGAUCAAUUUUGGUGUGUCCCAGCUGGGCCCUGUCCUUCUGAGCCCUUGUGGGUCCCACUGGAGGCUGAGAGCUGCAGCUGAGGGCAGUUCUGAGCCUGUGAGAUCAGCUGGGUGAACUUGGAUUUUCCACACCUGAACCAUCACUAAAAAUUCAGCCUGAAGCCUCUCCAGUGUGGUCAGUGGUUAUUGUCUUCCCCACAGGCACAAUCAACAGAUAAUUCCACAAAAUGAGGCCAUUUCUUACACAUACAUCAAAAUAAAUUGGGCAUCCAGGUAAAGACGUGUCAAUACAAUCACAGAACUCAAAGAAAAGCAAUCACAGAACUAAAAACAAAGUGUUACAGAAGGUGAAAUCUGGGUAAAUAUAAACCUAAGGCUGCCCACAGCAAGGUGCAGCGUCCAAGGUGUCAGCCCGAGAUCCUGGAGAUUAGAUUGAGUUGCCUGGAAUCCUGUGUCACCUUAAACAAACAAUGGGAUUGUUCUUUCCCCAUUUAUAGGAUGCAGAUAACAAUUCCUCACAAGGGUAUGGUGAGGUAAGCACGGGGAAUGCUGCACAGUUCCUGGAAUACAGGAAUACAAAAACGCCCUUGGAUUGAGGUUGUUCCAUGAAAAGGUUGGGCUUUAGAUUUAAAGUGUUUUUCAUCUGGUUUUGGGGGCUCCAGCUGCAUCACAGAGGGCUGGAAUGUACAAAUCUGGGGGUUUCUGUGUGUUAAACCCACUAAAAAGCAGCUUCCACACUAUUGUCUCCCUUAAUCCAGCAACAUGAUGGUAAUUUGUAUGCAAUUCUAUUAGGGAAAUCAGAUUACAAAUCUUUUGUGGAGAGCUAUUUAUACCACUUGAUAUUACUUUAAUUACAUUCUGAUCUCACAACGCUUAGCAUUUUGCGCUCGAGCACCGAAUUUUCAAAUUAGAGCAACUUCAAGCAGCAUUUUCAGGAAUAUCUAGAGCCCUUUGGAGCCCAAAUUCACAGAUAAAUUAUUUUUAGCCACCGGGGUGUUUUCAAAACCGUUUUGCUCUGUGGAUGUUGUGCUCAUCACAGGUGUCCUGUGCCCACCUGGGCUGUGCUGCCACUGCUGCUGGGAGGGAAAGGAUUUGCUGGGCUGGCUCAGGGGUGGCAGAAAUAGUGGGGCCCUUGUUCAGCAGCAACCUCACACCCGAGGUGUGGCUGCCAGGGCUGGGAUUACAAAGGGAGUUUUAUCUGGGACACUGGGAGAGGAAUAUUUUAUAGGGUGUUAAUACAGCCCCAGGCUUGACUGGUCAAUUCUCAGCCUUUAUUUCUAUGUUAUCACUCCCUUGUGACCAUCUGAAAUGCUUAUUGCUUACUUAGACUUGUAUAAAAUAUAAUAAUCACAAUUAAAAAGUGCAUUAAUUAAUUAUAAAGUAUUUCUGGUACACAAAAAUUGUGGAUGGUAACCGCAGGUUAAACUGAAUAUACUUUCAUACACUACAAUAGAAAAAAAAAAGCCCUAGAAUUCCCCUUUUUAGACUCAAAAUGAUAGCCUAAAUUUCUUACAUUUUAACUUUGGGAGAGCUAUCAGAGUUCACAGAUGCCCAUCUCUGGGGCUGGAAUUGCUGCUGUAAGAUCAGUGCUGAAUGUGGGAGCCCAUCAAUUCAACUGAGCUGCUUGGCAAGGCCGUGGUAGAAAAUUGUGAACAACAAAGGUGAAUCCUUUGUUAAGGCAACAAUAAAAUACGAAUUGAAUCAGAAUAAAUAAUGUGGAUAAAUGGAUAAUUUACCUGGAUAAUUGUCCUGCUCAUCUGGUCUGCUUAGCUGGUAAAAAUCUCCCUGCUGCCUCUGUACCCUGUAUUUUAUCCCAGCAGUGCCCUCUGCUGAGAGCAUGGAAUGUGUGUCCCCAGAGCUUUUUCCUCCCCCAGCUCUCCGGUAUUUUCAGUCUAAGUUCUCAAAAACCAUUUGCAUUUAAAAAGAUGGAGAAAGAGAAGCUACACCUGGUGUUGGUACUGAUUUGUUAAUGACCAAGCCCCAUGAAAUAAACAGAAAAUAUCCUGUGGCAAAGGCAGGGGUAAUGGUAUUGGCUGUUUUAGCUGUGUUAUCAUGAAAGGAUUAAGUGGGAAAAGGCAUUUCUUGUCUGUUGGGGUCCAGGCUGGAGACACAGCACUGAUGUUUUAUUUCAGCUCCCUCAGCCCUCCAAACCCACAAAACUCUGCUCUUCCUUUCCUGCCUCUCUAAUCCUUUAUGAUGCAAUUAAUUUGUGAGUAACAGCUGGGUUCACUUCACUCCAUUUGAGAACAUCCCUGAAGAAUUUUAAACUGCAGGCGUCACCACCCAUCUCCCCAAGCCCUGGACAGGCUUUGCUCUUGUCAAAGGUUGCUUCCAGCAGCUCAUGCGUGUGGGAAAUGUGCUCUGCAGUUUGGGCUAUCCUAGCAACUCCUGGGGAUCGGCACAGCCCCCAGCUGGCAACCCAAAUAUUAAAAAACACAGCUGGUUAAAGUUUAACCCCCGUGCCGACGAUGAUGUGGCAGCAGAAGCUGUGUGUCAGGAGAGGAUCCGCGCCUGGGGAUCGGGGUGGGAGCUCCUGGGAGAAUGGGAUGAGCAGAGCCGGCUCAAAGGAGCAUUCCCCACCAUGAAUGGGUUCCUGAACUGCUCUGCCAACCACACCAAGAUCUGGAGUCACUACUUGGUGCUGGCCCUGGGCAUCCCCCAGCUGACCAUCAACGUCGUCUCCAUCAUCUUCAACUGUACCGUCAUCUUCACCCGCCUGGCCACCAGGGACCUGCACAAGCCCAUCUCCAUCCUCUUCUGCAACCUGGCUGUCUCCGACCUCUUCACCAGCUUCUCUGGCUUCUGGAUUUCCAUGCUGUUCAUCACCUACCCUGACAUCACCAUCUUUGGCUCCCAGGACAUGCUGGCUCCCUACUCCCUGUACACCACCUCCAUCCUGUCCACCAUCUACAACCUGGUGAGCAUUGGCAUUGAGCGCUACCUGGCCGUGGCCGAGAGCAUGAGGACGAGGUUCAGGGUGGCCAGGAACCACUCCGUUGCCGUGGUCUUCAUCAACUGGGUCCUGGCCUUCUUCCUGGGCUGCCUGCCCCUGAUGGGCUGGAACUGCCUGCAUGCACAGAGCAACAUCUCGGUGCUCUACAGCCCCUUCUGCGUCAACUACCUUGUCUUCAUCGCCAUGCCCAACGUGGCCAUGGCCUUCCUCGUGCCCCUCUUCACCUACCUGAGGAUCAUCAUCAUCCUGAGGAAGAGGAAGCUGAGGAUGCAGGCGUGCGGCCAAGCCAUGGGCACCUACAGGUCGGCAGAGACGCAGGUGGCCAGGACCAGCAUCUCCAUCUGGCUGCUGGCCCUGGUGUCCUACGCGCCCUUCCUGGCCGGCGUCAUCUUCGACGCGGCCAACCAGCGCUGCCACGGCGAGCUGUACCCGGGGGUGUACAUCUUCAGGAACUGCACGGCCAUGCUGAUCACCCUCACCUGCCUGGGCAACCCCCUGCUCUACACGCUGCGGCUCCGGGCGCUGGGGGCCCGGCUGAAGGCGCUGCGCGGCCUCUGGGCCUCGCGCGUGAGGGCCUGCGCUGUCGGCCAUGUCUGAGCAAACCCACCCACCCCAUCCCAGGGUGGUGUAUUGUGAUAAAUGAGUGAUGUUGUGGUGGACUCUCACAGUUAAUAGACAAAUAUCAUGUGUAUAGGUUGAGAAAAGUUGUAUAGAUUUAUAGUUGUGUUGUGCAUGGCCUCUGGGCCUCACGUGUGAGGGCCUGUGCUGCCAUCGGCUGUGUCUGAGCAAACCCACCCACCCCAUCCCAGGGUGAUGUGUUGUGAUAAAUGAGGAAUGUCGUGGUGGACUCUCACAAUUAACAGACAAAUGUCAUGUGCAUAGGUUGAGAAAAGGUGUAGAGAUUUAUAGUUGUGUUGUGCAUGGCCUCUGGGCCUCACACAUGUGGGCCUACAGCACUGUCGGCCAUGUCUGAGCAAACCCACCCACCCCAUUGCAGGGUGAUGUGUUGCGGUAAAUGAGGGAUGCCAUGGUGGACCCUCACAGUUAAUAGACAAAUAGCAUGUGAUAAGUUGAGAAAAGUUGUAUAGGUUUAUGGUUGUGUUGUACCCCCUCGCGUGGGUACAACAUAACAAGGGAUAUCUGUCAAGGGAGGACUGGGAGGGCUGGCUUGUCACUGCGGUGACACCUGAGCUCCAGUCAGGAUUUGAGGAGGAGAUCUCCACCACUGGGCAGUGAAGGAGGGGUUGAUGGACAGAACUUUGGGAGGGGUUAAAGGGUUAAAAAGGAAAAACCUCCAUUGUAGGGGCCUGAACACAUGGUGGGGAAAAUCUUUUGCUCCCAGUGCCGUAACCUUUUUUCUUCAUUCAGCCUUCUGCUGCAUUUUUGGUAAGGUUUAAUAGACCUUCCUAAGCUAUGAAAAGUGAGUAGCUAUUUCUCACAAUAUGAUGCUUGUAUCCCAGCUGUGUGU